CGAGGCUUUCAGCUGGUUAGCCAAACAUCUCCAGCAAAAGACAUGAGCAGAAAAACCAGACGGAGAAAACACUUUAUCCACAACUGAACCAGCCGUGCAAAGCCACAUCUUUAAAGAGGAACCUCAUCGAUGCUCAGACCUCCUUUUGGACUGAACACUUACAUGGCCACACACCACUGCAUUGCGGUGGAGCCCAAAGCUAGCACAGCCUGUCCGCUUCAUAUUUUAGCAUGUUAGCGUAUGGCUAGCUGCCCUCCAUCUUCAUCUCUGGCCCCUCCAGGGGGAGCUCUCAUCUUGGUACCAUUGCCCCAAACCAUUCCAUCACUUCAUUUGGUUUAUUACCCAUCUUCAGCUGUCGUCUGAAUUAGCUCCAGUAUUGUCAUCUACUUACCAUUGCUUUAUAUUACAUUACCAUCUUCUUUUCUUCAAACCUGCCUCUCUGCCGAAGAACAACAAACAAAAUUCAAGUCCAGAUUUACCGCUUAACACUCUUUCUCUGAGGCCGCAACACGGUCGUUCUGGUGGUCAUUUGGGUUGCAUGGAAUUGGCCUAACCGUGGAGAAGCCGGGCUACCACAAGCUGAUGGACUUUGACAAGCGCGGAGUGGGCGGGGGAGGAGGGGGAGGAGGAGGAGGGGGGGGUAAGGCAGAGGCGGAGGACGGGAAGAGGAUGUCCGGAAAAGCGGGAAGCCGCUCAGGACACAGCGGCCGGGGAACGGGAUCCAACUCCGGGGUGCUCAUGGUGGGGCCAAACUUCAGGGUGGGCAAGAAGAUCGGCUGCGGGAACUUCGGAGAGCUCCGGCUGGGCAAGAACCUCUACACCAACGAAUACGUGGCCAUCAAGCUGGAGCCAAUCAAGUCUCGGGCGCCACAGCUUCAUCUAGAAUAUCGCUUCUACAAACAGCUGGGAAGUUCAGAGGGAGUCCCGCAGGUGUUCUACUUUGGCCCGUGUGGGAAGUACAACGCCAUGGUGCUGGAGCUGCUCGGGCCCAGUUUAGAAGAUCUGUUUGACCUGUGUGACCGGACCUUCUCCCUCAAGACUGUCCUCAUGAUAGCCAUACAACUGAUAACCCGUAUGGAGUUUGUGCACACUAGAAGCUUGAUAUAUCGUGACGUAAAGCCAGAGAACUUCCUGGUUGGGCGUCCCGGCUCCAAACGACAGCAUACCAUCCACAUCAUUGACUUUGGCCUGGCAAAGGAAUACAUCGACCCCGAGACCAAGAAACACAUCCCCUACAGAGAACACAAGAGCCUGACCGGGACUGCCCGCUACAUGAGCAUCAACACACACCUGGGCAAAGAGCAAAGCCGGAGAGACGACCUGGAGGCACUAGGACACAUGUUCAUGUACUUCCUCAGAGGGAGCCUACCCUGGCAGGGUCUCAAGGCAGACACUCUGAAGGAGCGAUACCAGAAGAUCGGAGACACAAAGAGGGACACACCAAUAGAGGUCCUCUGCGACAGCUUUCCAGAAGAGAUGGCCACGUACCUGCGAUAUGUGCGGCGCCUGGACUUCUUUGAGAAACCAGACUAUGACUAUCUCAGGAAGCUGUUUACCGAUCUGUUCGACAGAAACGGAUACAUCUUUGAUUACCAGUACGACUGGACCGGGAAGCCGCUGCCCACGCCCAUCGGACCCGUCUCCACAGAGACCCCCCUGCAGACGGGGAACAGGGAGAAGGCACCUCAGACCAAAAACCAGUCUGCAGAGGGGAAGGGAUCCCAGCCCGCUCCACUGCCCCAUGGCCUCACUGCAGACAGGCUGGGAGGCUCGGUGCAGGUGAUGAAUUCCACCAAUGGGGAGCUGAACACAGACGACCCCACAGCGGGACACUCGAACGCACCAAUCACAGCCAACGCAGAGGUGGAAGUGGCUGAUGAUACCAAGUGCUGCUGCUUUUUCAAGAGGAGGAAGAGGAAAGCUCUCCAGAGACACAAAUAAAGCUCUAUUCUGGGGGAUUUCCUGUCCCUCUGUCUCCUGUACCUCUGCCCCUCAUACCCUCAGCACGGGGUAUCCGGUGUCUUCUCUGGACACAGCGCCCGCCGAGGAGCUAAAGUACAGACUGCUAAUGUAAACUGGAUUCACAGCUCGGCGGACAUUUGCGUUCACCGCCAACAGCUGAACAUGAAUGAACACUUGUCUAGAGACAAUUUUUUUUAAUUUUCAGAUAUUUUUCCUUACUGACUGGUUCAGAGGAGUUUAUUCUGAAAAGUAGGACAAUUAAGGACGGAUUUGGACCAUCUUUGCAAAUACGUCACCUUGAGUUCUAAUGCAGACUCCGGGGCUAAGUCACAACUGGAAUCUAUUCUGAGAAGGUGAUCUCUCUCUCACCGAAUGAAAUGUUAAAGAUGUUUAUGUUAAAGACUGCUUUCUCUGUUUUAAUUUGUCACUAAACCAUCUACCUGCAUUCUGUCCUUUCAGUUGUUGGAAAGUUUGUGUUUUGUAGCUUCUUAGUGUGUUAACUCAAAAUGUAAUUUUUUAAAUAACUUGUAUUUUUAAUUUUCUUUUUUUUCUUUGUUUUUCUCUCUGGGUUGGAGGAUUGAACGUUGAUAUCUCCAUUAAAACAACCAAACAGAAUAAAAAACAUCAUGAACAUA